GUUUGCUCCGCUCUGUGGAGGAGAGAUGGGGAGGCGUUGGGCUGGGGCUGAGGUAGGAAGGAGCCCGCCCCUCGACGCCUCCCUCGACGCUAGCCCCUGAGCCGUGAUGCGAGCGUGGGUCCUACUCUCUGCAGUGCUCUGGUACCUCACUGGAGCUGGAGGUCGGCGUUCUUCGGAACGCACAAGCAAAGGUUUCAUUUAUGGCAAGCCCGGACACCCAGUGAAAUUAUAUGUAAAAUUACAUCAUCAUAGCCCAGUCCUUGUCUGUAUGGAUUUUAGACGUGCUAAAAAAGAAACAGUGGACCCCACUUACAUAUGGAUUGGGCCUAAUGAAAAGCCAUUAACAGGAAAUAAUCAAAUAAAUAUAACUAAAACAGGAAAGCUGAUGGUGAAAGAUUUUCUGGAGGCUUUGUCUGGACUUUACACAUGUACUCUUUCUUAUAAGACUGUCAAAGCAGAAACCCAAGAAGAAACAAUAGUAAAGCAGAGAUAUGACUUUAUGAUCUUUGCCUAUCGGGAACCUGAUUACUCAUAUCAGAUGGCUGUACGUUUUACCACAAAGUCUUGUGAAGGAAGAUAUAAUGACCUGCUUUUUAGAGUGCUGAAGAAAAUCUUGGAUAAUUUAAUCUCUGAUUUGUCAUGCCAUGUCAUAGAACCAUCAUAUAAAUGCCAUUUUGUUAAAAUUCCAAAACAUGGCCUCAUACAUGAGCUAUUUAUAGCCUUUCAAGUUAAUCCUUUUGCACCAGGGUGGAAAGGUGCAUGCAAUGAUUCUGCUGACUGUGAAGAUAUCACUAAUCAUAAUAUCCUCCAGGCAAGAGAUCGGAUAGAAGAAUUUUUCCGGAGCCAAGCAUAUAUUUACUACCACAACUUUAAUAAAACUAUACCAGCUAUGCAUUUUGUGGACCACAGUUUUCAAGUAGUACGUAUGGAUAGCUGUCGUCCAGGCUUUGGAAAAAAUGAAGGUCUACACAGUAAUUGUGCUAGCUGUUGCGUGGCUUGUAGUCCUGGGACUUAUAGUCCUGAUGUUGAUGUUACUUGUCAAAACUGCGUUUCUGUCCGUAUUUAUGGAGCUAAAUCUUGCACAUAAACUUCAAAUAAAAAAUCGUAAUAUGAA